AUGGCUUGUUUAAAAUUGAAAAAAAUCGAAGAGUUUUUACAAACGGUUGAUGGCUUUGAGAAUCCCAAUGUGACAUUGGAGCAAUAUGUGACUCCUUCUCACAUCGCCAGCCGCAUGCUGUACACGAUACAGACGAACUAUAACGACUUAGAGAACAAAUUCGUAUUGGAUAUUGGAAGUGGGGCUGGUAUGUUGAGCAUUGGAGCCUCACUACUAGGAGCUGCGCACGUUGUAGGUAUCGAGAUUGAUUCGGAGGCCAUCGAGAUAUUCAAAAACAAUAUCAAGGGUUUUGAGAUAGAAAAUGUGGACUGCGUACAAUGGGAUGUUCUAUACAAAGAAAGUCUGAAUCUGGAAAGAAAAUUCGACACGGUUCUAAUGAAUCCUCCGUUCGGAACGAAACAGAACACUGGUAUAGAUAUGAAAUUUUUACGCACUGGUUUGAAUUGCGCUCAAGUUAGUGUAUAUUCACUUCAUAAAACGUCAACCAGGGACCACAUCAAGAAAAAAUCGGUUGAGUGGAGCGUCAAAUCUUACGUCAUUGCAGAAUUGAGAUACAAUCUUCCACACACCUUUAAGUUUCAUAAACGCUCGUCCGUUGAUAUAGCCGUUGAUUUAUGGCGUUUUGAAAUCAGCUAAAUAUGCACUUUAUUGUCUCAAAGCGGCAUUCAUAACAACAACAUGUACAUGCAUCUUUCGCCAUUACAGUUGUUUUUUUUUUCAAGUUCGAUGUUUAAUCUCAACUACCAUAUAUUUUUGAUUAAUUGGCAUAUUUGGCAUAAUAAACUCAGUUUGUUUACAUUUGUUAGUUAUUA